UGUUGUGCCUGAUUGUCGCAUAUGAGACAAACCUAACCAAAGAUAAUUGCGUCAAUCAACUUGACAAUGUCAAUUUUUUUUAUUUUGCAAAAUGUUGCAUUCGUUAAGACAUUACGGUGAAGUUCACCAGAAACUUGUGACAUGUGUUCGACACUUGACCACUACAGAAGUCUCAACAGCCUUACGGCCCUUCUACUUCAAUGUCCAUCCCGAUUUGUUUGGUCAAUACCCUAGUCAAAGAGCCAUUAACGAAAAUUCGCUCAAGCAACUUAGUUCAAUUAUCGAGACGUUGCAAGCCAAGCGUUGGACAAAGCCUGCAAGUCUCCAGUUUUACUUGAGAGAUAAAAAAUGCGAAGAAGGCACUUUCCGUUUGAUCAAAAUCUACCUGAGCGAACGCGACAUUCGCGAAGCUGUGUUGACAAUAUUGCGAGCCUGUGAUUUGCCCACCGAAUACGUCGACAAGAUCCCCAAACCACCCCCUGAACCCAAAAAAGAAACCGUCAGAAUCAACACCAGCAACAUCGAUUUUUCGAAAGUGAACGAAAACGACCCGAUCUUUGGCCCCAUUGUCAUGCGCCAAAAAAUCAACGAGGCCAAAGAAGCCCUCAAGUUACGCAACUGGCUGGUUAAGAACUACCAAAGUGCCUUAGAAAAACUCGAAGCCAAUCGGCCUCUACGCGAGGAGGUCGACCGUUUGCGCAAAAAAAUCGCCCAACAGUGGAAGCUGACCGACGUCCGCUGGGACUGCGGCUGGAAUGUCACCCAUUUUCGGGGCUGUCUGCAAAGCUUUAUGUCUCUGGCUGAACAACAUCCGGAAGUUAUGCACGUUUUGAAGGGCCGCACGCUGGUGUUUGCACCCUUUACAGGGAUCAGCCUAGAGGGGCACAUCAUGCUCAACAGUGGGGAAGUGCGGCACAAUUGGCUUGAUUUGAUCAAAAACGUGAGAAAGCACGACAAAAUCCUAUUCCGAAUUCCUGGUUUUGAAAAAUCCGUCUCGCAAGUCUUGAGAGGGAUCAAAGUUGGCAGGAGAAAAUUUAUGCCGAAAGUUUUGGCGGGAGAAUACGAGCGAAACCUGCAACAAAUCACGACUUCUUUAAGUGACUAUAGAGGAAGGCGGGGGUUCCCUAAGCAGUGGCCCCAGUCGUUAGAAGAAUUUGAGAUUGUUGUUGAAACGGAAGCUGGACCUUUGAUGGUCUCUCCCACUGGUCAGUUUAUAGUCCCGUCUUCCCUACCUGGAUUUUUGUUAGUCAAUUUUAUCACAACCAAUUUAGAACACGCCAAGGAAAAAAUGACUGAAUAUAAAAACGAUAAAUACAUAGAGCGGUCUUUGCAAAAACAAUGCAUGGAUGAAUUCAAGUUAUUUAAUCUUAGGAAAGAUGAUAAUAUAACACCGGAUUUAAUGAUUAAAUGCUGUGAACGGCUCUUAGAAAAAAAAAUUGAUAUAGAACAAUAUCUAAACGGUAUACAUUUAAACGUAGCUACUUACUACUCUGUUCUUUCAGAUGGAGUGGUUUGUAUACCUUGGAAUUGGAAAUUGUGAUAGUAGAUGCGAAAAAAGACCAAAAUUUUCACUUCUUCUAGGUAAAAAAAUAUUAACUUGUAAAAUUAUGUGAUAAGAAAUAAAUCUAUAUUAAAUACAA